AUGGCUGAAGACAGUGAGCUGAUGGAUGUAAUACUUGAUGGUCCUCAUGUGCCAGUUAAAGAGGUCAAAGAAAGAGAAAUAACAAGAAUGGUUAUAAAAAGGAGAGAGAUUUCUAUAUGUAAAAAUGCUAAAGAAAUCUGGGAUUGGUUGGAGACUGCUUAUGAAGGAACCAUUGAUAUGAAGGAUUCAAAAUUUUACAUGCUAACUACUCAAUAUGAAAGCUUCACCAUGAAAGAAAGAGAAACCAUCCAAGAGAUGCAUACCAGAUUUACUUCUAUCACUAAUGAGUUGCACUAUUUAGGAGAAGUAGUACCUUUGUACAUACAAGUGAGAAAAAUUCUGGGGGUUCUGCGUAAAUCUUGGGAAAGCAAAGUGGAUGCUAUCACUGAGGAAAGGAAUUUGAAAACUUUCACCAAGGAUGAACUUAUUUGUAAUCUAAAGGCACAUGAGUUUAAGAAACAGCAAGGGAAAGAGAAGAAGGAAGUAAAAAGAGAAAAAUCUAUGAAUGAAGGCUUCUAA